GAACAGACUUUUGCGUACGGCAGAACUGCCAAGACUACAGUGAGAGAAAAACAAACAUAUAUCGCAAUUCAUUGUUAUUGUUAUCAGUUUUAUUUAACACGUUGCUUUAAGUUUUAUCAUGGCCGUCUUCUGGACAUUUUUGGCAACCUUUCUGUUUGCAAACUGCGUGGUUAGUGCAAGAAAUUACGGAGAACGAACCUUCCAGAAAAUUAAUGCGAACGACGAGAGCGGUGAUAUCGCUAAGUACAGAGUUGAAAAAGAUGAAAACACUUUGGAGCGACGAGGUUUUCGCAGAUCGGGAUGUCAGAUGGGUACCACUGGUCAGGGAUGCUGGCCUAAUUUAUGUGGUAGUAAAACCUACCAUCUCCAUUUUCCACAACCUUUUUCUAAAAAGCCUUCUGUUAGCGUGUCAUUUUCUACCCUUGAUGUCGACAAAAACUACAACAUUCGUGUGUCCUGUUAUGCUAAGGAUAUAACAACGACCAGCUUUAACGUCAGGUUUUCAACCUGGUCUACCACAAGGAUCUAUGGCGUAGGCAUUUCUUGGAUUGCUUGUGUCUAAUGAAAAAUAUUCCAUUUGUCAAUAACUGUUCGACGUAUAAUUUGUACUUGACUAUCAGUAGGUUGAUCAUGCAGUUGUGGUCUUGUGGAUGUAGUAGUCUGCGUUAUAACUAUACCUAAGUUGUGUGCACAGUGAGUGUAAAGCGUUUUCCAAAUA